AUGGCAACUUCCUAUCAUUAUCGUGAUACCAAAUCCAACCUCGGAUCGAUAGAGUUAGAUAUGAAUUUUGGUAAUUUAAUUGAUGAUACAGAUGAAGCAAAUGUUAUAAUCGAUGUUGGAGGGGAAAAUAAUUUAGAUUUCAAAUCUUUUAAGGCUCAUUCACUGGUAUUAUGCGAAAGAUCUACUUAUUUUCGAAUUGCGUUAUCAGACAAAUGGGCCAAGAAGGAAAAAGAUUUUUAUAUUCUUAAAAAGCCGAACGUUGCACCAAAGAUUUUUGAAGUCAUUUUAAAGUUUAUGUAUUAUGGAAGUGUGAGUUUAGAGCACUUAGAUGGACCGGAUUCUAUUGCACUAUUAAUUGCCUCCGAUGAAUUAGAACUUCGAAAAUUAUGUAUACAUGUACAAACUCAUAUAAAGAAUACACUGAACGAUUGGCUCGGCAAAAAUCUGAUGCUUAUUCUUGAUAUUACAUCAAAACAUGAAGACUUUGACAUACUUCGUGAACAUGUACUUGGCAUAGUAUGUAGAGAUCCUCAUUUAAUUUUUGGCGUUAGAGUUCCUUAUAAAAAGAUUUUACCAAAACAGUUGAAUGAAGAUAUUAUUAAAUAUUUUAUGAAACCUGGCUGCGAACUUACUACUAGAAUUUUACCUUCCCGUUUGACGAUUAUAGAUUCUACUAUUAUCAAAGCAAUACAUGCUGGACUUAUAAGUAGUUGGAUUGAUGGAAUUGUUCAUGAUAAUGAUCGAGAUUAUGAAAAUGCUGUAAAUAGUUUUGUGUUUUCGUUUAAUGUUAACGAUGAUUUGAAAAUUGCUUUACUAAGUAAGGUUGUGAUGGCCAAUAAUGCGAUUUACUAUUCUACUUCAAAUGGCCCUUGUUUUGGAGAUGGUGAUCUUUGGAUGACUGGAACUUUUGGUUCAUCAAGUAGAACGUCGUAUGAGCAUAGUAUUAUGGAUGUGCCCAAUUUUUUUGCCAAUGAUUAUGAGGUUUUUCAAGUCCAACAACGGUAG